UUUGAAAAUCAACCCCCCUCCCCCCAAUCAACUUUCUUCUUCUUUUUUUUUUUUUUUUUUUGCAAUGCUCCGGCUUUGAGCUUUAAAGAAUGUGGAGGCAACAUUUUCCAGGUAUUCGGCCCCAGAUCAUGAAUGGGCCAAUGCACCCGCGCCCGUUGGUGGCGCUGCUGGACGGGCGCGACUGCACCGUGGAGAUGCCCAUUCUCAAAGACUUAGCAACCGUUGCCUUCUGUGAUGCCCAGUCAACACAGGAGAUCCAUGAGAAGGUCUUAAAUGAGGCAGUGGGGGCCAUGAUGUACCACACCAUCACCUUAACCAGAGAGGACCUGGAGAAGUUCAAAGCCCUGCGCAUCAUCAUCCGCAUUGGCAGCGGAUAUGACAACAUUGACAUAAAAGCGGCGGGAGAACUAGGUAUUGCUGUGUGCAACAUUCCCUCUGCAGCGGUGGAGGAGACGGCCGACUCCACCAUUUGCCACAUCCUGAACCUGUACAGGCGAAACACAUGGCUCUACCAGGCUCUCCGGGAGGGCACGAGGGUCCAGAGCGUGGAGCAGAUCCGAGAGGUGGCCUCUGGUGCAGCCCGCAUCCGUGGCGAAACCCUCGGCCUCAUCGGAUUUGGUCGUUCAGGUCAGGCGGUGGCGGUGCGAGCCAAGGUUUUCGGCUUCAACGUCAUCUUCUACGACCCCUACCUGCAGGAUGGACUGGAGCGCUCGUUGGGCGUGCAGCGUGUCUACACCCUGCAGGACCUCCUCUACCAGAGCGACUGCGUCUCCUUGCACUGCAACCUGAAUGAGCACAACCACCACCUCAUCAACGACUUCACCAUCAAACAGAUGCGUCAGGGCGCUUUCCUGGUUAACACCGCUCGGGGGGGCCUGGUGGACGAGAAAGCUCUGGCCCAGGCGCUGAAGGAGGGCAGGAUACGGGGAGCCGCUCUGGAUGUCCAUGAAACUGAGCCCUUCACCUUUGCACAGGGCCCACUGAAAGACGCCCCAAACCUGAUCUGCACGCCUCACACAGCCUGGUACAGCGAGCAGUCGUCCCUGGAGAUGAGGGAGGCGGCUGCCACCGAGAUCCGAAGAGCCAUCACAGGACGAAUUCCUGACAGUCUACGAAACUGUGUCAACAAGGAGUUCUUUGUCACCACGGCCCCCUGGGGAGUUAUGGAGCAACCUGGCGUCCACCCUGAGCUCAACGGCGCUGCCUACAGAUACCCGCCGGGUGUUGUCGGAGUGGCUCCAGGCGGUCUCCCGGGGGCGUUAGAGGGCAUGGUGCCCGGUGGGGUCCCCAUCGCCCACACUCUGCCCUCUGGUACACACCCUUCCCAGGCCCCGUCACCCAACCAGCCCUCCAAACACGGCGAGACUAGAGAGCACCUCACCGAGCAAUAGCAACAGAAGGGAUCCAAGCAAACGAACAUCUCAUCGGACCGGCGCUCAGAAAACCAACCGAUCAUAAAGCAAAACUGACCAACCUGGGGACCAAGAGACAGUGAAAAACACCACAAAGCGGCUGCCUGUCGAACCAGCCUGGAAACGGGAACUAAGGAAGUGUUACGGAGAAUUUGUACUUUUUAAAAGUUUCGGUUUUUAACUCUGUCUCUUUGAGUUCUGUACCGAAUUUGCUCUUUGACGAUGUUUUUGGGGUUUUGUUUUUCUCCUCCACUAUGGGACAUGCUUAUGAUUGUGGACACAGAGUCCAGCUCCAGGAUUACCAGAUGAGACUCUGUCCAGCCCAACCUAGACACAUCAGAGCUCAUGGGAAAUGUAGGCCCCACUUCUCAGAAACACCAAGGGGAAGAGCAGAAAACAUACCAUCCUGUGCUACUGGACCUCAUUCACCCCCCUCCUGAUCUCCCAACACCUUUCCAAGCUCUCCUUCAUGUACGACGUGUGUGUCGUUUAGAUCCCUCUCAUUUAGGCUUCAGAAAAUAAUUUUGUUUUUCUAUUGUUUAGUGUGAAUGAAUAAGAAUUUAUUAUCAACAUAUAUCUAUUUAUCAUUCUUGGAAAAAAAAAAAAAAACACAUGGGAUUUCUCAUCAGUUCCAAUAAUCUAGAGUGAUUUUAAUUCCUUUCCUGGCACCAAAUUGCAGCUGAAAUACCAUCAUCACCACUAGAGGUCGCUUUUAUACAACAAUUUGGCUUUUAAAGAGGGGACCAUCAGUGAUCCAUCAGGUUCCUUUCAGCUCCAAAUAUACUGUCUGCUGACAGGAAAGGGUUAAAGCACACUUCAGUUCUUAAUAACUCAGGAAAAAAAAAACACCUUUUACAGAUUUUCUUCCCAUGAAUUUAUCACUUGGGGGGGAGAAGACUAAUCAGUUGAGUCUGAAUCUGUCCUCUUCUCCAUCAUGCUCUUCAUUGUGGUAUUUUUCUAUACAAGGUGCAUCAUAUGUUUUUGGUGUUAAAGAGUUUUGAGGAGUCCUGUUAGAUUUGUAUUGCCUAGUUAAAUGUUCCUAUAACCAUAGUCUGACGUGAUCCAUCCCCUCUCUUCCUCUCGCUCUCCUCCCUCCUUACGGUUUCUUCGCUUCGUUCUAUUCAAGGCCAGGUUCUUUGGGGGAGGGAGGGGUCGUCCUGUACUCUGUAUGAGCAAUAGCUGAAACUCCUUAGUGUCCCGACAAUAGCGGAAGAGGCAGCCAGCAGUAUGUUUUCUUUUUGUUUUUAGUGUGAGUAUUUGUAUUUGUUUCUUGUACAAGGUGAACAUUUAGCAUUCAGUACAGUUCAAAUAAAGAGAUGAUUCAGAGA